AUGGCCGACAGCUUGAAGAUGGGAAACCUUUCCCUCAACGAAUCUCAGCAUGCGCCUGCCCCAAACUCUUCCGUUGGCCGCGCUGCCUACAUCCCUCCCCAUCUCCGUCAACGCCAAACGGGUGCGAACAUGGACGGAGCCCCCGCCGCCGCCCCCCCUCCCCCUGGUCCUAGCGGCCCCGGCAACUCUUGGGGUUCGAGAGGCGGUCCUCGCGGUGGCAACUGGGCCAACGCUAGUGCUCCUGAUUUCAGCCCUCGCGGUCCCAAUCCCAAUGGUAACACCAGCUGGACUCCCACUGAAGGUUCUCACCGAUCAUUUAAUCCAGAUGCUUACGGAAACCCAGGUCAUGGAGGCUCCUAUGGCGGAGGCGGCGGCGGCAGUGCCAGAGGCUCCGGAGAUGGCCAGUGGCGCGACGGCAAGCACAUCCCCGGUCCCGCCAAUGCUCGCGUGGAGCGUGAACUUUUCGGCCUGCCCAACGAUCCCACUAAGCAGAACACUGGUAUCAACUUUGCCAACUACGACGAUAUCCCCGUGGAAGCCUCCGGCCACGAGGUUCCCGAGCCCGUCAACGCAUUCACCAACCCUCCUUUGGACGACCACCUGAUUGCGAACAUCAAGCUCGCUCACUACCAGACUCCUACCCCCGUGCAGAAGUACUCUAUUCCUAUCGUGAUGAAUGGCCGUGAUCUGAUGGCUUGUGCCCAGACUGGUUCUGGAAAGACUGGUGGUUUCUUGUUCCCAAUCUUGUCUCAGGCCUUCCAGAACGGUCCUUCCCCGACUCCUGCCCCGGCAUCCGGCCAGUUCAGCUACGGCCGUCAGCGCAAGGCCUACCCGACGUCCCUUAUCUUGGCCCCAACUCGUGAACUGGUCUCUCAGAUCUUCGAUGAAGCUCGAAAGUUUGCCUACCGCUCCUGGGUUCGUCCCUGCGUCGUCUACGGUGGUGCCGAUAUUGGAUCUCAACUCCGUCAGAUUGAACGUGGUUGUGAUCUCCUGGUUGCCACUCCUGGUCGUCUCGUGGAUCUUAUUGAGCGUGGCCGCAUUUCUCUUGUCAACAUCAAGUACUUGAUCCUGGACGAAGCCGAUCGCAUGUUGGACAUGGGUUUCGAGCCUCAGAUCCGCCGCAUUGUGGAGGGUGAAGAUAUGCCUCAUGUUAAUGACCGUCAAACCCUGAUGUUUUCUGCCACCUUCCCUCGUGACAUCCAGAUGCUGGCUCGUGACUUCCUGAAGGAUUAUGUUUUCCUUUCUGUUGGUCGUGUCGGUUCAACCUCUGAGAACAUCACCCAGAAAGUUGAAUACGUCGAAGAUCACGAUAAGCGUUCGGUUCUCUUGGAUAUUCUCCACACCCAUGGCACUAGCGGUCUCACCCUCAUUUUCGUUGAGACCAAGCGCAUGGCCGACUCUCUGUCGGACUUCCUGCUCAACCAGCGCUUCCCUGCCACCGCCAUUCACGGUGACCGUACUCAGCGUGAGCGUGAGCGUGCUUUGGAGAUGUUCCGUUCCGGCCGUUGCCCUAUCUUGGUUGCUACUGCUGUCGCUGCUCGUGGUCUUGAUAUCCCCAACGUUACUCACGUUAUCAACUACGACCUGCCUACUGACAUCGACGACUAUGUUCACCGUAUUGGUCGUACCGGUCGUGCGGGUAACACCGGUAUUGCCACCGCUUUCUUCAACCGUGGCAACCGCGGCGUCGUUCGCGAUCUGAUCGACCUUCUCAAGGAGGCUCAUCAGGAGGUCCCGUCGUUCUUGGAGAGCAUUGCUCGUGAGGGCAGUGGAUAUGGUGGCCGUGGCGGCCGUGGAGGUCGUGGCCGUGGAACCAACGCCACCCGUGAUAUGCGUCGGGUGGGCGGCGGUAUGGGCGGUCCUCCUUCCUUCGGUGGCAGCAGCUACGGCGGCCCCAGUGCUGGCUACGGUGGUAGCUACGGUGGUGGUGCUCCCUCUUACGGCGGUAGCAGUGGUGGCGGCGGUGGCAGCUAUGGUUACGGCGGCAGCAGCGGCGGCGGUGGCGGCUAUGGAAACCCCUCGGGCCCUACUGGACCUUCCUCCUGGUGGUAA